UCUUACUGAAUAAUCUUUAACGUAUCGCGAUGGUGAAAGCUAAAGUUUUCAUUUACAAUAAAGAAUAUGAAGGUUUACCAAAGGAAGGGGAUCUCAUCCUGAAGGAGGAAGACUUGCCACCAAUAGAAGAUGGAGAAUUUCUGGCAAAGGCAGUGUAUCUCAGUGUGGAGCCGUUCAUGAGGUCUUCUGCAUCAGUGGUACCUUUAGGGUCGGUCCUGAUAGCCUUUCAGAUCGCAAAGAUAUUAGAAAGCAAAAAUCCCGACUUUCCCGUUGAUAGAUAUGUAGUAGGCUUCUUCGGAUGUCGUACUUACACUGUUGCUAAUGGUAAAGGAAGUAUGGGGUUUCUAGCUGCUCAUCUUAUACCAGAUUUAGAAGAUGUACCUUUAUCGUACUUCCUGGGCAUCCUAGGAACACCGGGAAACACCGCCUACUUUGGCUUUUUGGAAGUAUGUCAGCCGAAGAAAGGUGAAACAGUCGUUGUAUCGGGUGCAGCCGGAUCGAUAGGAUGUAUCGUGGGUCAAAUUGCUAAGAUUAAAGGGUGCAAGGUCAUAGGUAUUGCGGGAUCAGACGAAAAAGGAAAGUGGUUGAUGGAUGAACUGGGAUUUGAUGAUUUCAUAAACUACAAAACCCACGAUCUAGACGAAGUUCUUACGCAAAUUGCUCCAAAUGGGGUCGACUGUUAUUUUGAUAAUGUGGGUGGAAAGACAACAGCUAUCCUUAUAAAACAUAUGAGUGAUGGUGGUCGAAUUUCUGUGUGUGGUACCAUGUCCACAUAUAACGAAAAAGAUGGGAAAAGUUUCCCAACAUCACUACCAUUGUUCUGUUUUGUAAGCAAGCAGAUAAAAAUGGAAGGCUUCCUGGUGUACAAAUGGAUCGAUAGAUUUCCAGAGAGCGUCCAGCAGAAUUUGAGAUGGAUACAAGAAGGAAAACUUAAAUACAGGGAAACUGUGACAGAAGGAUUUGAAAACAUGUUUCAGGCGUUCCUCGGGAUGUUGCAAGGCAAAAAUUUCGGAAAAGCUAUUGUUAAAAUAUAAACUGGUAGCCUGUUAAUAAAAUAUUUUCUCUCGAUAUUUAAUUACAGUACUUUCACACACUUGUACAAUUUAAAUUUAAUCAAAUAAUUUACUUAAACAUGUUCAAAAAUUCAAUAUAUGUAUAUGUGACAUGGUAA